UAAUAGAGCAUUAAAUCAGCUUAAAGCAUACCCCAAUCUGAGAUAUCUUAAUUUAUGUCAUAGUGGUAUUAUGGGUGAUAAAGCUUUAUGUAGAAUGGUGGGAUCAUGUCGUAAAAUAGAAUAUCUAAAUAUUUCUUUCUGUCAAGGCAUUACUGAUAGAUCUUUAAUCAAAAUUGCGAAAAGUUGUAUUCCGGGUAGAUAUCGAAGAAAAAAUAGAUGUGAUAUAUUAGUAGAGAAACAUCUUACUGUAGAGAAACACCUUAAUGUAGAGAAACAUUUUAGUGUAGAGUAUCUUGAUUUUGGUAGUUUUUGUGGAAUUGCUGAUGUAACUAUCAAAGAAAUUUCUCGUUCGUGUCUUUAUUUAAAAUAUCUUAAUCUGGAGAGGUGUGCUAAUAUUACUAAAGAAGCCAUAGAUCAGCUUAUUUCACUUAAUCCAAAUAUUCAU